AUGGUUUUAUGUCAUGAUAAACCGAUAACCACUACAACUGAACCAACAACCACAACUAAGGAACCGACCACAACAACAGAAGAACCAACAACUCUGACAACUGAACCAAUAACGGAGGAACCGACUACAACAACUAAGCAAACAACCAUCGCCACUGACGAACCAACAACCACGACUGAGCUACCUACCACUACGACAUUAAAACCAACUACUAACCUUCUACCGACCACAACUCCUACAAAGCCUCCUCCAUUCUGUCCAGACCAAAUUGUUCUAAAUAACUUGGUUUAG